AUGUGGAAUGUUACCGACAAUGGCGUACUAUGGGUAGAUGAGCUCCCUGGAGUACUAUGGGCUUAUCGAACCACCAAGCGAAGAUCAACUGGCAAAGCCCCGUUUUCCCUCGCCUAUGGAACUGAAGCGAUCAUUCCUCCUCAUGUUACUGCCCCCUCUAUAAGCAUUGAAGUGGGCAGUAUUGAGAAGAACUCCGAGCAGAUGAGUCUUAACCCUGACUUACUUGAAGGCAAACGCGAGAAGGCCAUUGUUCAAGUCGCCUCCUAUCAACAGCGGUUGAAGUCUUACUACAACAAAAGAGCCAAGAUCAGACAGUUUCAACGAGGCGACCUUGUGCUAAGAAAGGCCUUCAUCACUACGCAAAGACAAGGGUCUAAAAAGAUGAAACCCAAUUGGGACGACCCUUACGUAAUCAGCCGGUUCGGGGGCAGAGGAAGCUAUACGCUUGAUACCAUAGAAGGGAAGGAGAUUCUGCGACAAUAG